AUCCCUCUCACUUGAUAAGAACACAACACGGUUUCUCUGAUUAUAGUUAAAAAGAGUUGGGUUCAGUGUCUUGUGUGUUUUAAUUGGGUUUUGUAACAACCAAUCCAUUUGGGUUGAUCAUGGCGAAGGCUUCAUGGUUGGCACUUGGGCUACUGGUGAUGGUGGUGUUAGCCUUGGCAACUUCAUGUAGUUGCAUCGGAGUGGUGAGCGAUGAUGACGAUGACGACGCCGACGAAUUGGGUUACCAACAGAAACAACACCAGAAGCAGUACGAGCAAGCUAAGAGUACGGCGGACACGGCGGCGCGGAAGGCAGAGGAAAUGGCAAAGGGAGCUAAAGAGGGUUCGGAGUCAUGGGCGGGGUGGGCAAAGGAAAAGAUCACGGAGAGCCUGGGAUUGAAGCACGAAGACCCCAAAGAGAAAGCUAAGGAAGCCUACGAUGCCGCCGCAGAGACCGCCAAUAGGGCUAAUGAAAAAGUGGAAGAGAUAAAGAGAAGUGCUGAGGAGAAAGCAGGGAAGGGAACAGAGACAGCAUCAGAGAAGGCGAAGCAGGCAAAGGAGGCAGCAGAGACGAUGACGGAGAAGGCGACGGAGACGGCGAAGCAGACAAAGGAGGGAGCAGAGACGAUGACGGAGAAAGCGAAGGAGACGGCGAAGCAAACAAAAGAUACGGCUUACGAGAAGGCACAGAAGGCGGCGGAGAUGGCGGCGGAGAAGGCAGAGCAGGCGAAAGAGGCGGGGGCGGAGCAACUGAAGUGGGCGAAAGAGAAAGCUAAGGAAGGGGUUAAUACAGCGAAAAGCAAAGCAGGAGAAACACUGGAGAACGCUAAGGAAACUGUUUCUUCAAAAUACGAAGGUGCAAAGCAGAAAUCACAGAAGGUUAAGGAUCGAGACGAGGAACUUUGAAGGACGAAACCCCACUCCUAUCUAUCUAUCUAAUAUCUAAUAUCUAAUAUCUAUCAACGUCUCAUGAAGUGAAUGUCGUUGUAACUAUAAUUUUCUGUUCUGUAUUCGGAGAGGAAAAGGUUGUGUAUAGUUCGAACGUUUGUGUUAUUUUUUUUUUUUUUUUGGUUAAGAAAAGAAAACUUCAUUAAGUA